CUUCAAUCGGCCAUGCCACUGCUACUUACUCUCUACUCAACUGCUGUUCUUCAUGCUGCGGAACCCUGAACCUAGAUUUGAGACGGCCAUUCUCAUAAACAGGACUUGAGGGGAGGAUGCCGCCAAAUCGUUCAUCUACAGAUCCUUCCCGUGAGAGAAGGACUCGAGUGGCGUGUCGUAAUUGCCGGCAAGCCAAGAUACGAUGCGCACUUGACAGGGUUCCUUGUGCGCGCUGCCAAAGACUGGGACUUACGUGCUCGAUCGAGCCAUCAUACAAACGCACCAACAAGCAGGAUCGAGUGGAAGAACUCCAACAACGCGUUUCCAGCUUACAAGGAGUAAUCGAGCAGCAUAUUCCUAGCCACAGCACUCCUUCACGACCGAAUCAUCCAGACACAUCUCAAUCAGCCCUGGACGGGCUUGGAGAAGAAGGGGCCUCGCGGCCCACUCCUCGCAACGAGAACCUCUCUGAUGCGUCACCCUUUCGACCUACCUCCAUCCCGUCAGUUGGCCAAGGAGUCGUAUAUACCCUUGGGAGUGUAACAAUUACCCAGGAGAGAGCGCAAACUCUAUUUGCCAUCUUCUUCGAGAAGUACCAUGCCUUUCUUCCCAUAUUGGACCCGAAUCGAACAAGCCCAAAAUGUCACGACCAUUCCCAGCUCCUCUUCUGGGUAAUAAUUGCAGUAUCGAGCAGGCGUAUCGGCGACGAUUUCCUGAACGGUCUGACUCCAGAACUCUCAAGACUGCUUUGGGCAACUAUUGGAGGAAGCCUCUUCACCCUGCCAAGUGUGCAAGCCUUGCUCUUGCUGGCGUCCUGGACGCUGCCAGAUAUGCACUUGUGGACAGACAAAUCAUUGGUCCUUGCCCGUCUCGCCGUAACUUCGGCCCAGAUGAUGGGUUUGAACCGGCCGGGAUGUGAAGCCGAAUAUUCGAAACACUCAAUAAGUUUCACCGGCCACGACAUAGCUGAACGAAGUCGUACUUGGUUCGCAUCUGUGGCAGUGUGCCAAAGUCUAUCUACAGAGAUCGGCGGCGAAGCAAUCUCGUGCUUUGACGAUUUUAGUAUGCGGAAAGCCUGUUCGAAUGCAGAAGGCAUACCGAUCGAGCUCCACCACAGUCUCAUCAUACAGAAAGCCACCAACGAAGCACUGAGGUCCUGGCACGAAGCCGCCGAAGAGCCGUGCGGUAAUCCUGACGAGGAGGUCGGGUGGGGUCUGAUACACAGGGCAGAGCAAAGCCUUGUUUCCAUUUCGCGGCAGCUCUGGAGUCGCCUGUCAUUUGCAAAUCGACUGCAGCUCGAGGUUUCUCAAUUGAGACUUCAGUGUUUAUUCAUGCUGUACAACACCCCCAGUGAAAUGCGAAGUUCCGGUAUCCUUCGCGCGUACAACACUGCUACGGACCUCAUCAAUACUGUUUUGUCGCAAGUGGACGGAAUCCAACACCUGCCGUACGCACCUUCGAUACUCGCUCGGCACAUCUCCACCGCCGGCCUGGUAAUCAUCAGAGUUCUCCAUUCGACGUUCAGUGUAGGGCUCGACUACGAGAGAGGCCGCAUUCUCCUCAACGCAGCGGCAUUCUCCUUGUCCCAGCUGUCGAGUCACCAAACCCCGAAGGACCAGGCAGCGCGCACGUCGGACAUGCUGCGUCGGUACUGGAGCGCGGCAGAAAAGAACCCAAACAUGCGGCAGCGCGACCUGCGACUUCGAGUCAAGUCGCGAGUGGGCGCGAGUUUGGUGUACGACUGUCUGAUGAGUUUUCGGAAUGUUAGUCGUGCGGAAAGUGCAGAGUCGGCGGCAGCGCUCGAAAGCAACCAAGCUGGAGCCGACGCAUUGGCGACAACUGCUCCCGGCGGCGGAGCCUCGGAUGCUGUUGGUGGGGAGUACAUCAGCGCAGGAGUACUAGAUCCUCUGUCAGACCCGACGGGAUAUGACUUUGAUCUCUUCCAAUUCACCCCAGGCGUCGAUUUGAGCGACAUGUUUGUAUUCGACGACGAUGGAUACUCGGCACUUCCUUGAAUCUGGCCAUCUAAAGAUAUGGGAGAGUUUAUUGAACCAUUGGCCAAAAGGGGGAACCCAAGCACUACAUGUAUAACAACGAUCAACUCAACAGAACCUGUUCGGCGCGACAAGUUGACUCAGGCUUCAAAGCCAAAAGUGAUAUUGUAUAUGGUAGUUACUCUGUACAUUCUCCCAAGAUUCCAACACGAAAUGUCAUUCGUUCGUUCUGCCACUACACC